UACCAUUGCACAGAUCACACUCCCUGUUCUCUCUCUCAUCUUCACCAUUGCACUCCACCGGCGCCACCGUUAACGCCUCCCUCAGGCCACCGUUAACGCCUCCCUCAGGCCACCGUUAACGCCGCCAGGAUCCAUCUACAAUCACCAGGCCUCCUCUCUCACUAACACACAUCUCUAAUUUCUCCUUGUUGUGUAUUCUAUCCUUUUCAAAAUUUCCCCUACUUUCUCAUAAUAUAAACCCUAGAUUUAUGAACAAAUCCCAAUCUGUUUUUUUGCUCUUCAUUACAUGUAACUGAUUAUUAAAAUAGCUAAUUCAUUGCUUGAAUUGAUGAACUCUCUUAAACCCUACACAUUGAACACCUUGAAUAUUGAAUAGUGACACAUUUUUCAUGUUUUGCUUUAUGAUUCUCAGAACUCAUGGCAUUUCACGUAGAUUCACCUCACUUUUCAUGUUUCAUAGAGAAUCACUAUGCUAUUUCUCUUCAUCAAUACAAUUACAAUCUGAUGUGGUUCCAUCACAAUCUAUAGUCCAAAGGGUGUGUUCAUUGGUGCGUGAAUCAUACAAUGAGCAUGCCUUCAUGAGGGUUUCACCUCCAAGACUCUAUCUUGGUAUUGAUGCUGAUUCUUUAACCCAUGAACAAGCUGUUACCAUUGUUGCUUCACUUGCAGGUGAUGCUGGCUCAAUGGUGGCCCUUAGUUUCUUCCAUUGGGCAAUUGGGUAUCCGAAGUUUCGAUAUUUUAUGAGGCUGUAUAUAGUUUGUGCAACUUCUUUGAUUGGGAAUAGGAAUUCGGAGAAAGCUUGUGGAGUUAUGAGGUGUAUGGUGGAGAGUUUUGCUGAGAUUGGGAGAUUGAAAGAGGCUGUGGAGAUGGUUAUUGAAAUGCAUAACCAGGGUUUGGUUCCGAAUACUCGGACGUUGAAUUGGAUUAUGAAGGUGACAAGUGAAUUUGGUUUGGUUGAAUAUGCAGAGUUGUUGUUUGAGGAAAUGUGUGUGAGAGGGGUACAACCGGAUUCGGUUAGCUAUAGGGUGAUGGUUGUUAUGUAUUGUAAGAUUGGCAAUGUUUUGGAGGCAGAUAGGUGGUUGAGUUCUAUGCUUGAGAGGGGUUUUGUGGUUGAUAAUGCAACGUUUACAUUAAUAAUCAGCAGAUUCUGUGAAAAGGGUUAUGGAACCAGAGCGUUAUGGUAUUUUCGUAGGUUAGUUGAUAUGGGUUUAAAGCCUAAUUUGAUUAAUUUCACAUCUAUGAUUGAAGGUUUGUGCAAAAGGGGUAGCAUCAAGCAGGCAUUUGAAAUGUUGGAGGAGAUGGUUGGUAAAGGUUGGAAACCUAAUGUAUAUACUCAUACGUCAUUAAUUGACGGUCUUUGCAAGAAAGGGUGGACUGAGAAAGCAUUUAGAUUGUUUCUUAAGCUUGUUCGCAGCGAAAAUCACAAGCCAAAUGUGCUUACAUAUACUGCUAUGAUAAGUGGGUAUUGUAGAGAUGACAAACUAAACCGGGCAGAGAUGCUACUGAGCCGAAUGAAAGAGCAGGGAUUAGUCCCAAACACCAACACCUACACAGCUCUCAUUGACGGGCAUUGCAAAGCUGGAGAUUUUGAAAGAGCAUAUGAUUUGAUGAAUCUAAUGAGUAGUGAAGGUUUCAGUCCUAAUGUGUGUACAUAUAAUGCCAUUGUUGAUGGUCUUUGUAAAAGGGGAAGGGUACAAGAGGCUUACAAAAUGCUUGAGGAUGGCUUUCAUAAUGGGUUGAAACCUGAUAAAAUCACCUAUAAUAUUCUCAUGUCUGAGCAUUGCAAACAGGCAAAUAUCAAGGAAGCAUUGGUGUUAUUCAAUAAGAUGGUAAAAAGUGGUAUUCAACCUGAUAUUCAUUCAUACACCACAUUGAUUGCAGUCUUUUGUAGGGAAAAUAGAAUGAAAGAAAGUGAGAUGUGUUUUGAGGAAGCGGUGAGAAACGGAGUUAUUCCUACAAACAAAACUUUUACAUCUAUGAUAUGUGGUUAUUGCAGAGAAGGAAAUUUGACUUUGGCAAUGAAGUUUUUUCAUAGGAUGAGUGACCACGGUUGUGUUCCAGAUUCUAUUACAUACGGUGCUAUUAUAAGCGGGCUUUGCAAACAGUCAAAGCUCGAUGAGGCUCGGGGUUUGUAUGACUCUAUGAUAGAAAAGGGACUUACCCCAUGUGAAGUUACUAGGGUAACUUUGGCUUAUGAAUAUUGUAAGGUAGAUGAUUGUUUAUCUGCUAUGGUUAUUCUAGAAAGGCUGGAAAAGAAACACUGGAUUCGGACGGCUAAUACCUUGGUCAGAAAGCUAUGUAGUGAGAAAAAAGUAGGCAUGGCUGCACUGUUCUUUAAUAAGUUACUAGACAUGGAUGUUCAUGUUAAUCGUGUAUCAUUAGCAGCAUUUAUGACUGCAUGCUAUGAAAGCAAUAAUUAUGCUCUUGUUUCGGAUUUGUCUGCAAGGAUACACAAGGAAAAUCGUUUGGAAGUCAAAGCCAUAAAAUAACAAAAACAAAAGAUGUGCUAAGAGAGCCUUGGAACCCUUUUAGGUCCUACCUAGCUUAACUCCAGAUUACUAUGAGGCCAAGGUGGCUUUUGUGAAGGAGGGGUUCAGACCAGAAAAAAGUCAAUAAAUAGCAAUUUACAAGGCGCCUUCUAGUGCUGGCUGCGCCUGAAUCUGUAAAUGGUAGGAUCUUGUGUUUAAAGUAGUAUUUUGUGGGAUCUAGUUCUGCUUAAGCUUAGAGAUCAACAUUUUGGGGUCAUGAAGGAUUGUUUUUUGUUACUUCUGAGGUAACCUUACAUUUGCCUCUCCCCAUUGAAGCUUUAGAAAUUUGGAAACCAUGUUUAUCUCAAAAUUUAAGGUUUAUUUGAUUUAUCAUUUUGUCGUUCCGUUUAAGUAGCAGUGAGUGACAAUGUGUCAAAUUGAGGCCUGCCUCCAUGAUAUGGUGGAUACAGAAGCUGCUUCUCAUAACAAGCAUGGACUUCCAAAUGGUAUUUACCUCUGAAGCAUGCAUACUUCGAAAAUGGUGAAGUAUCCGUACCGGCUAAUUGUAAUGGCAGUACAGUAGCUCAUCUUCUGGGAAAAUCCUUGAUUGAAUUUGAAGGAAACAAGUCAAAGUCAAUCAAUGAUGUUGGUGAGGAGGAGGUUGUUGUAGAAGGUUCUGGAAUGGGGAAGAGGAGUAAUGAGGGUUCAUGUUUGGAAAACGCAACUGUAAAUGAAUCUGAAUCCGGGAAGAAAAACGUGGUUUUUAUGCAUUCUUGGAGAAUUUUCGCGAAUAUGAUGACAAUGUUUGUUUGUUCGAAACUGCAAGUCUGCAAAGGUUGCUGGUUUAACUUUUUAAUAUCUCGAGUUAAGAAUUCACACACCUUUUGAACGAGUCGAGUGACUGAAAUUUUAUGUCAAGAGUUGUUUGGUUUAAGAUUAAUUUGAUGUUGGAAUUUUCCAAUUCCACAUUCAACCAAUUUAGAAACAUCUAUUCUUAAAUUAUUGGAUAAUAGCAGUUGGACGAUUCCUUUUUUAUUUA